AUGACCGAACUUGAUUUGGUUAAUCAGGAAUAUGGCUGUUCAGAUACUUCGUGUGUCAGAAGAUUACAUAGAUUCAACGCAGCUGAUGAGAAUAAUGGAUGGUCAUUGGCUAUUCACAAGGAACUGAAAUAUCUCACUCAGAACAAUGUCCGGAAUCUGAUCACAUGUUCUUCUGAUCACGGUUCAGAAGUGAUGCAGGACCAACAAGAAGCAGAAACAUCAGCUAGAGAGCAUACAGGGACAACUCCCUUGUUAAAUAAUCCAUGUGCUCACGCUUAA